AAAGUACAUACAUAUUGUAACAUUUAGCUUUGUCAUUUUUAAUUAAUGGAUUUUUCUAGAUUUAUCAAAACCUGUGGUCAAAUAUAGUUUUUUUUAUUAAUUAUUAUCGUAUGUUGUUUAUGGUUAGAAUUAUUUUUAUAACUUAAUGCAAAAAAUUUAUAGACCAAUAUGGCAAUAUAUUGUUGGGGUAACACAAGUCAUGGAGAACUUGGUUUGGGGGGCAUAGAAGAUGAAUUGAUAUAUUCACCACGUGAAAUGCCAUGGUCUUUAUCUUCGCAAUUAGUUCAAGCUGCUUGUGGCAGCACACAUACUUUAUUAUUAACUAGUCAAGGGACUGUUUAUUCCUGUGGAAAUAAUGAUUAUGGACAACUUGGUCACGAGUUAUCACGAAAAAGGCCACGUAUGUCAGCCAUAUUUAAACCAGUAAAAAAUUUGGAAAACUACAUAAUUACACAAGUAGCUUGUGGAUGUGAUCAUUCUUUAGCAUUAAAUGAAUGGGGACAAAUUUUUAGUUGGGGAUCAGAUAACAAUGGUCAAUUAGGACACGAUAAUGGAUUACCGAGUCAGUCAAGUCCAAAAAUAAUUAAAUUAUUAGCCACUAGAAAUGUUAUUCAAAUAGCAUGUGGGAAAUAUCAUUCUUUGGCCUUAACAAAUAAUGGGGAUUUAUACGCGUGGGGUGGCAACAGUUACGGUCAAAUUGGUAAUGGUGUUACAUCAGAAAAAGUUACAAAGCCAACAUUAGUAAGUUCCUUAUCCGGUCUGCCAAUUUCCUUCAUUGGUUGCGGAGGAUUUCAUAGUUUUAUUCUAUCAAAAUCUGGAGCUGUAUACGGUUGGGGUAAGAACACUUUUGGUCAACUUGGAAUAAAUGAUGAAACUUCAAAAAAUCAUCCGACGCAGUUAAAAACACUUCGAUCUUUGAGAGUUCGAUACAUAAGUUGUGGCGAAGAUUUCUCAGUUUUUCUAACAGCUGAUGGUGGAGUUUUUACUUGUGGUGCUGGACAGUUUGGACAGCUGGGUCAUGGUAGUCUGUCUAAUGAAAUUUUACCAAGAAAAGUUUUAGAGCUGAUGGGAAGUACAAUUACACAAAUAUCUUGUGGAAAUCGUCAUACCUUAGCUUUAGUUUCAUCAAGGGGACGUGUUUAUGGUUUCGGUUUAGGUAGUUCUGGUCAGCUAGGUAAUAAGUCUGUUAUUAGUGCAAACGUACCACAAGUAAUUUUAGGACCAUGGGUAUCUCCUAAUGGGACAUUAAUUCAAGAUGAAGUAAAACAAGAUAAAAUGGGAUCUUCAGUAACUGUUACAAGAAUAUUUUGUGGAGGUGAUCAUUGUUUGGUAUCUACAGCUGAAUUUCUGAAAAAAAUUCCAGCCUACGAUUGCAGGCACUAUCCAAAAACAACACAAAUUCUUUCUUUAACCACCGAAAUGACAGAAGAAUGUGCUAAAGCUCCAAAAGAUAUAUCUGUUGAUUUAGAUUUAAUUACUAAUAUUGAAUCGAUAUUUGUUAGCCAAACGUGCAUUAAUGCUUCUUUUUUACUAUCGGAUGGAGAUCAUUCGUGUUGUACUUCAAAACACCACGGUGUGGAUGUUCCAGCUGUUAUAAAAGCUUUCGAUUUUAUUAGGAAAAUUGAAAAUGAAUCUUUAAAACAAAUUAUUUGGGACAGUAUCACAAAUACUCUACUAAACACAUUGAAACCUUCUCCACCUGAUGUGGAAACUUUAAGAAUAUAUUUAAUAUUACCAAUGUAUCAUGAAUUUGUUAAUGCAAAAAAUUGUAAUUCUUUGCAUACACCAUUUAGCAAUGCUAUUGGUCGUUUAACAUCCAACGCCAGUAAAGUGUUAUUUAAAUGGUGGGGAAUUGUACCAAUCGAAUAUUUUGAAAUAUUGGUGGAUAACUUUAAAUCAGUUGUUGUAUAUAUUAUUAGUUUCAAAUUUAAACCGGAAAGAGAAUCUGGAAAAAAGAAAAUAACUUAUGAAUCAAAUUUACAAGCAGCAUUAAAUAUGCUGGUAUUUUUACAUUUAGUAAAUGUUAGAAGUAGACAGGGAAAACAAAAAAUUCCAGCAAGACAUUUUCAUAUUCCAGAAGUUACAGACGAAAUCGAUAUUCAGAACGAUUAUAUACGUUGGAUAAUAGAUAAAAGUCAAAAUAGCUUCUAUUUAUGUAAAUAUCCCUUUUUAUUUGACGCAAAAGCAAAAUUAUCAAUUUUAGAGACUGAUCAAGCUUUUCAAAUGCAUACUGCAAUGCAAAAUGCUGCAGCUCAAGGUGUAUUUGCCUUUUUGAACUUUCCGAUAGUGCCUCCAGAAGUUACGCAAUUUCUUUAUAUAACCGUUUCACGUGAACAUUUAGUGGUUGACACUUUAAGAGAAAUUGCGCAUUGUACACAAAAAGAUUUAAAGAAACCAUUAAAAGUAAAAUUCUGUGGUGAAGAAGCGGAAGAUGCUGGUGGAGUACGUAAAGAAUUCUUUAUGUUGCUUUUAAGAGAAAUAAUAGAUCCGAAAUAUGGUAUGUUUAAAGAAUUCGAAGAGACCAGGACAAUAUGGUUUUCUGAUUGCUCGUUUGAAGUUGAUGAUAUGUAUUUAUUAAUUGGAAUAAUUUGUGGUUUAGCUAUUUAUAAUUUUACUAUCAUAGAUUUACCAUUCCCACUAGCACUUUAUAAAAAACUUCUCAAGGAACCAGUUAAUUUAUCAGAUUUGCGUGACUUAUCACCUACCAUGGCAAAUUCUCUACAACAAUUAUUAGAUUAUACUGAAGAUGAUUUACAAGAUAUUUUUGGUUUAAAUUUUGAAAUAACACGAGAUAUAUUCGGCGAAGUAAAAGUGUUUCCAUUAAAACCUGAUGGAGAAAAUAUACCUGUUACACAACAAAAUAAAGACGAAUUUGUUAAUUUAUAUAUAGAUUUCAUUUUUAAUAAAUCCGUUGAAAAACAAUACGAAGCCUUCCACACCGGAUUCAUAAAAGUUUGUGGUGGUCCAGUUUUAUCAUUGUUUGAACCAGAAGAGUUAAUGGCUGUAGUUGUAGGAAAUGAAGAUUAUGACUGGCAUGUAUUACAAUCUGAAGCAGAAUAUAAAAACGGAUAUGCUUCAAGUGACCAAACGGUACAAUGGUUUUGGGAAGUAUUUCAUGAAUUACCUUUAACGGAAAAGAAAAAAUUUUUAUUAUUUUUAACCGGAAGUGAUAGAAUACCAAUUAAAGGAAUGAAAGGAAUUAAAAUAUUUAUACAGCCCACAAGUGAUGACAAACGUUUGCCGGUAGCUCAUACCUGUUUCAAUUUAUUAGAUCUACCUCGUUACCAGACAAAAGAGAGAUUAAAGUAUAAACUCCUGCAAGCAAUUCAACAAACUCAUGGUUUUAGCCUUGUAUAAACAUUAAACUAUAGUAGAACAAUAAAAAAAGGAAAAUACCUAAAUUUUUAAUACAACAAAUUGUUGAUUUUCGUUUUUUUCUUUUUAAAUAAUAAUACAAUGAAAACUAUAACGAAAGGAAUUUGAUUAUGUAAUGUAAAAAAAAAAUGUAAUAUGAAAUUUAAAUUUUUUUCAAUUUUCCUUAUUUAUUUUAUACUAUGUUGUUAAAAAUUAUUAAAACACAAGACAUUUUAAAUUUUUGCAUUUGAUGUUAAUGGUUGAAACAAAUGCGCUUUAUAGCAAAAAAAUAAAAAUUUUUUAAAUUAUGUAUUGUGGUAUAAA